UGCGUGCUUAAGCCUGCCCGAAAAUGUUCUCCAGUGUUGUUGGAUUUCGAAGGAGCGCAGGACUUUGCGAUGAAAUAAUACAGUUUUUCCCGUGAAGAGAACAAAAACAAACCGCAUGAUUUUAAACUGAAGUUAUUCGCAUCGCCUUUAAGUGGUGAAACUGUGGUUUUGGGAGACUCCAACGGGAAGUUUGUGUGAUCGUUUUUCCUGGAGUGAUGUCGAAUCCUGGGACUCGGAGGAACGGGUCCAGCAUCAAAAUCCAACUGACAGUAUUAUGUGCCAAGAACCUCGCAAAGAAAGACUUCUUUCGCCUGCCAGACCCAUUUGCCAAGGUUGUGGUGGACGGAUCAGGUCAGUGCCACUCUACAGACACAGUCAAAAGCACACUGGACCCCAAAUGGAACCAGCACUACGACCUCUAUAUAGGAAAGACAGACUCCAUCACCAUCAGUAUAUGGAAUCACAAAAAAAUUCAUAAACGACAGGGGGCCGGCUUCCUAGGCUGCAUACGACUUCUCUCCAAUGCUAUCAGCAGGCUAAAAGACACAGGAUACCAGCGUCUAGAUCUGUGUAAACUCAACCCUUCAGAUAGCGAUGCAGUCCGGGGGCAGAUUGUAGUGAGUUUACAGACGCGAGACCGCAUCGGCAGCGGAGGCCCGGUGGUGGACUGCAGAGGACUGUUGGAAAAUGAUGGGCCUUUGUUUGAAGGAUGUUUCAGUGAAGAGCCGCUGCCCUACUCUGACUCCACUGGUGCAGCGGGGGGCGGGAACUGCCGGCUUGACUCGCCCAGUCAGGAGAGCCGCCUUCAGACACUGCGAAUCAGAGGGCAGGACUCUAGAGGCCAUGGGCACACCCCUCAGAACAGACCUCACGGGCACCAACCGCCUGAUCUGCCAGAGGGUUACGAGCAGCGAACAACAGUGCAGGGUCAGGUGUACUUUCUUCACACACAGACAGGAGUCAGCACCUGGCACGACCCUCGGAUACCGCGGGACCUGGCCAGUGUGAGCUGUGAGGAGCUCGGCCCGCUGCCAGUGGGCUGGGAGGUCCGAAGCACCGUGUCCGGUCGGAUCUACUUUGUGGACCACAACAAUCGAACCACACAGUUCACAGACCCGCGCCUACACACCAUUAUCAGCCAGCAGUCCCAAGCCAAGGAAUCCUCCCAAGGCCCCCAGAUGGAUGUUGGGGGUGAGGAUGGGGUAGGUGGAGGAGUGGGCAGCGGGGGAGGGGAUGGAGAUGUGGCAGCACGCUACGAGAGAGACUUGGUCCAUAAGUUGAAGCUGCUCCGUCAUGAGCUGUCCUUGCAGCAGCCUCAAGCAGGACACUGCCGCAUAGAGGUGUCCCGAGAGGAGAUCUUUGAGGAGUCGUAUCGGCAGAUAAUGAAGAUGAGACCCAAAGACCUGAAGAAGCGUCUGAUGGUGAAGUUCAGGGGAGAGGAGGGCCUGGACUAUGGUGGAGUGGCCAGGGAGUGGCUGUACUUGCUGUGUCAUGAAAUGUUGAACCCCUACUACGGCCUGUUCCAGUACUCCACAGACAAUAUCUACACGCUACAGAUCAACCCCGACUCCUCCAUCAACCCUGACCACCUGUCGUAUUUCCAUUUUGUGGGUCGUGUGAUGGGCUUGGCUGUGUUUCAUGGUCACUACAUCAAUGGGAGCUUCACGCUGCCUUUCUACAAACAGCUCCUAGGUAAACCAAUCCAGCUCAACGACCUGGAGACCACCGACCCCGAGUUACACAAGAGCCUCGUCUGGAUACUAGAGAACGACAUCACUUCAGUCCUCGACCACACUUUCUGCGUAGAGCACAAUGCCUUUGGCAAAUUUCUACAACAUGAGCUCAAACCAAAUGGACGUAAUAUCCCUGUAACUGAGGAGAACAAGAAGGAAUACGUAAGGCUUUAUGUGAACUGGAGGUUUAUGCGUGGAAUUGAAGCUCAGUUUCUGGCUCUGCAGAAGGGAUUCAGUGAGCUCAUCCCCCAACACUUCCUCAAACCCUUCGACCAUAAAGAACUUGAGUUGAUCAUUGGUGGACUGGGGAAGAUCGACCUUUCAGACUGGAAGACCAACACCCGCCUGAAGCACUGCACGAGUGAAAGCAACGUGGUGCGGUGGUUCUGGCAGGCAGUGGAGGCCUUCAGUGAGGAGAGGAGAGGGCGCCUGCUGCAGUUUGUCACCGGCUCCACCAGGGUCCCACUACAGGGGUUCAAAGCGCUGCAGGGCUCUACAGGUUCUGCAGGCCCAAGGCUCUUCACCAUCCAUUUGAUAGACGCCAACACAGACAACCUGCCCAAGGCCCAUACGUGUUUUAACAGGAUAGACAUCCCUCCCUACGAGUCUUACGAGAAGCUCUAUGAGAAACUGCUGACAGCUGUGGAGGAGACCUGUGGCUUCGCUGUGGAGUGAUGAAUCCACAACCAGAACCAACACACAACUGCACUUGCACUUGCACACAACUAUUUGACUUUUUACAUAUAUACAUACACAUAAACAAAAUAUCAAGUAUACAGAGCAGCCAAGCAUCACAAGAACACUCACAAUCUCUUGCCACCUCUUCACCGCCGGACUGUUGGGGGUUAAAGGAGGAAGCACAGCAAGAGGAGGAAAAAAAAUACAAAAAAGGAAAAAGAGUAUUUUAAAAUUUGUAAAAUGUUUUGAAGAAGCAUUUUUAUCCUUCCGUUUUAACAAGCUAUGAUGUCAGUCUUGAGAAUGUCUAACCUCCACCUCAGCUUUGACUCCAGUCACACUCGAAUGCCUGGACAGAAUCAGCCAAUCACAUGCGAGCGUUCACACCGAGACUGUGAGGAACAAGUUGGGACUGAUUGUCUCUGUGUCUGACGUGCUGAUCAAUUGACUAGUACUCAUGCUUCAUGUUUUACCACUGUCGUGUAUUAGAAGGUGUGCAUGUGUUUGUGCAUGUAAGACGAGAGUGUGAGCUUAUAAUUGUGUGUGUGUGUGUGAGACAGAGAGAG